UUCUUCAGUCUUUGCCAAAUCGCGAUCGUGAGAGGACGGAAGCGGAGAGAACGCAGAUUCUGUGCAUAAAGGUCCAAAGUGCUUUGUGCAAGUUGACCACUAAAUUGGGCACUAUCCAAGCCAAGCUUAGAGAAUAAAAAGCGUUUCAUCCGGUUGCGUUAGUUUUCCCAGAGUAAUUCGACGGUCAAGUCGAUGUGGCUUGGUGCUAGCCAAGAAUUUUCAGUCGGGAACCGGUUUCUGCGCUCCCACAAGUCCAGAACCCACACACCCAGAGAGCGGUACUAAGAGAGUUUGGGAGUAGGACCAGGAAAGAAAAACAUAAACAAACCAGCAGGACCAGAAUAAGUGUUUGAAGGGGGGCAUGGCAGCACGUGCACCGCAGCUCGAAUAAGUUCAAUAUUUCGAAUUCAACACCGCAGUUGCAGCGACAUCAUGAGUCUGCCCCAGUUAAUCGAAGAUCUUCAGCGCCUUUCGGAGGAUCAGGACAGUGCGGACGUGGUGUUUGUCUGCGGGAGAGAUGAGCGCAUCUACGCCCACAGAUUAAUGCUGAUGGCGCGCUGCAAGAGUUUCAAGACUGCGAAGAGGGGCGAAGUGUGCCGAAUUCCGGGGUGCACCGUUUCCCCCGCAGGAGCUUCCACUCCAACUACGAUACGCCUGCCCCACGUAAACCCGGAACUGUUCAGACAGUUUAUCUUGUACGUCUACACGGCCAAGUUGGUUCUGCAGGACUCGCAAGUAUUCCAAAUGAUGAUGAUGGCCCAGGACAUGGGUGUGGUUGAGCUGCGCACGGCCUGCGAGGAGCACGUUGUAUCCACUUUGUCCGUUGAUAAUGCCUGCACAUUUUUAACCGCCGUAAUGGACAUACACGAGAAAGCAGACUCCCUUUUAUUUCCAGGUGCAAAAUGUGCUGCCUCAUUCAUGGAACGCUGCAUUAUCUUUAUAGGCGAAAAUGCUAACGAGUGUGUCAAGACUAAUGCUUUCCUCACUUUAACCAAGGAGGCCAUUAUAAAGAUCAUUUCAUCCGACUACUUUUGCUUGGAGGAGGAGGAAGUGUGGCGCUGCGUUUUGUCCUGGGCCAAGUACCAGGCCGGAGUAACCCAACCAACUGCCCAUUGGACUGAGGAGGAGCGUGCUCGGGUCUGCCAGCAUUUAAGUGGUGUAAUGGGUCACGUACGUCUGCUUCUCAUCGAUAGCCAAGUUUUUGCGGAGGAAGUGGAACCCACAGGAGCUGUGCCCAUGGAACUAUCUUUAGAACGCUAUCGCUAUGCCGCUUUGCAUGCCAAUAAAAUUGUGGAUAAUGAUAAAAGAUUUCAGCCCCGCUUAGCUGUAGCAGUCAACAUGUUUCCUGGAUCCCAAAUUCUGAGGAAUGACAAUCUAUCACUACAGACAGUACUGAAUAAUUGGUGUGGCGUACCCAAGCAACCCUGGAGAUUGGUUUUCCGAGCAUCAACUCACGGAUUUGAUUCUGGUGCCUUUCAUCGUCAUUGUGACGGAGUGGCCCCCUGCAUGGUUAUUUGCUUGGGAUCGCAUGGAGAGAUCAGUGGUGGCUAUACAGACGUGGCCUGGGCUAAAACGAGUCGAAAAGGUGGUUAUGUCCAAUCCGAGCGGGCGUUUCUUUUUGCUCUAAAUCCUGCGAAUGGCGAACAGCCGGCUAGGUUCGACAUUUUAAAAAAACCGUAUGCUAUCUGCUAUCACCCUGAUUGCGGUCCCAUUUUUGGAGCUGGAGCGGACCUCCUUAUUUCCAGCAACUGUAAUACCAACAUGGACUCGUAUUCAAACCUUCCGCAUUCCUACGACGGAGCCAACGCUGCCCACUUGACGCUCUUUGGAGACUACAACUUUUCAAUCAACGACUAUGAGGUUUACACCCUAGCGUCGCCUUGUGGAAGUAGCACCAGUGGAACAAGUCACAGCAGUAGUCACAACCAGAACUUAUCAGCAAGUGGCCAAGCUCCUGGGGUGCCAUCAAAAGCAAAAUACGAUAGAUACUGAAAUUCGGAAGACAACUUGUAGUUGCAUCAGCUAUGCUGGCAAUAAACUAUUUCCUUGAACGAUCCGA